GGUUUCCGCGGAGAGCUUAUAUUUUGAUCUACGAUAUAUUUUUAUCAACCGUCUUCCGGGUACGUACCUAUUCAACUGCCAACACGCGGGGCUUGCAAUGAACAUUAGAACGCUUUGACUAUGGUAAAAACAAACAAUUUUCUUUCGCAAAUGUCGCGUGAACACCUGUACCGAAUUAAAAUUAUGCAUUUUGUUUUCAAGUCCGUAUACUUUAAUAUUAUAUUUAGAAAAUGAGCGUAUAAUAUUUAUGGUUUAUUCAUAAUUCCGUUUCGGUAUAAUUUAGUAUGUGUCCAAUAGCUUAUCUAUAACUAUAAAAUAAUUAAUAAAAGGUUAAAGGUGAAAAAAAAAAACACGACCGUUUGGAAAAAAAUGGUGACAAAUUGGAGGCAGAUAUAGAAAACGGAGAGAAAAUUGACCUCCCUGCAAUUGCCUACGCAAUACGGCGAAAACAUUUACGAAUUUCGAACUUAAGUAGGCCAAAAUAACGGUACCUGAUAACCUCGGCUAUACGCGAUAACCGUGACCAUGGUAAAAAAAAGUGAGGGGAACAGAGUUUUUUUUUGUUUAUUUGUAUCUAUCAGAAGUUUAUGUACCUCAUUAAUCAUUCUGAUAUAUUGUGUAGUCGUGUAAGCUGUUCGGCGAGGCUUUCGACGAACACAAUAAACUUUAACCACGACAAUGUGAUAUAAUAUUGAUAUUUUAUUAAAUUCCAUAAAUACCUAUUCAUCCCACUACAAUAUUCAAAAUUAAUUUGAAACAAAUUUUGUUACGUGAUACGUUUGAAGAAAAUAAUGGCGGGGGAUCGUUUUGUGGGGACUAAUGGUGUGGAUUCAAAGUUCAAACUGAAUUUCAGCUAAGUUAUUAAACGCAUUUUCCACUUUUACAGCAACAUUGCAGGGCUGCAGCUAUAAACAAGACGUAUGCUCGGAUUACCAUGCCCUGAUCAUUGCUGAACACUACGAUAGUUCAUAGCCGAACAUAGAUAAUAAAUUCGGCGAAUAAUAAUCAACGAAACAGUCUUUCGGUGUGGUAACACUGCAGGCGGUUUUGCCAAGUACGAAUACUAACCAACCCCAAUCGACGUUGAUAACGUGAAAUGUAAACAACAUUUUUUUUUUAUCUCUCGAAAAUCAAUUAACAUUUUUUAUAUUCCUAUUAUAUUGGACUUCUAAAAACAAUAAUUAUUUAGCGUUUUAGUGUAGUAUUUUUUAACAACACAACUAACAAGGUGAUUAUUUAUUACUUUAUAACUUUAACACUGUUUCCGGACUUCUCUCUGCGUCCCAUACUCACAGGCCCGUGAUGCAUAGCUGCAGACACCGCCUUAAUAUAUGUUCAUUUUUUCCCACAAUUGUUUUCGUGUAAUUACUGAGAAAGUUGUGACCCUAAAGAGAUUUCACUUGACCCAUCAUUUAAACUGAAUUGUAUUUUUUAUCGCGUGUGUUAUAAACAACAAUUAUAAUAUCAGUCCGUAUGUCGGUUUAUGUUUAUAUUAUUUAGUUCCAACAUUGCACCAUAUUAUUAAUAAAGAAGCUAUGAAGAAAAAUAAUGUGCAGCAGCCGGCUUUGCACAAAGUCAUAAUGGUGGGUAGCGGAGGUGUUGGAAAAUCUGCCCUUACACUUCAGUUUAUGUAUGAUGAGGUAUGUAAAUAUUUCCAAAUAUAUAGUAUUGAUUUUGUUUGUUGCAACUGACACGCCCGAUUAUUAAAGUUUGUUGAAGAUUAUGAACCGACUAAGGCUGAUUCGUAUCGUAAAAAAGUAGUCUUGGAUGGUGAAGAAGUCCAAAUCGAUAUCUUGGACACGGCUGGCCAGGAAGAUUAUGCGGCCAUACGUGACAAUUAUUUUCGCAGCGGCGAAGGAUUUUUAUGCGUGUUUUCUAUUACAGAAGAUGACAGUUUUCAAGCAACAAUGGAGUUUAGGUAUGUAACAUAUUAGUCGUUUUGUGAACCUAUGUAUAUUUUCAGUUUAUACUAUAGCCAAGUCUUAACAGACUUAAUAAUGUUUCAAACGUUCUCAUAGUAAAUAGUUAAAUAGGUAGUUAAUAACUAAUUCUUUGUUAAAUUAAGAUGAAACGGUUAAUUUUAAACUCAGUAGUAUACAAUGAGUAUGAAUUAAGGCAGUAUAUAGAGAAUAAAUAUUUUAUGUACAUUGUUUAAUAGCUUCUAUAAUUCAACAGUAGCAGGAAAAUGGUUAUUAUUUAUGGUUGUUAAUGGUUAUUUAUUAAUUUUAGAGAACAAAUUCUGCGAGUGAAGAACGAUGAUAAUAUACCUUUUUUAUUAGUGGGUAACAAAGGAGAUUUGACAGAUAAACGAAAAGUGUCAUUGAACGAAGCUCAGUCUAGAGCUCAAGAAUGGGGUGUGCCAUAUGUCGAGACAUCAGCUAAGACAAGAGAUAAUGUUGAUAAGGUAUAUGGCUUGAAAAAUUAAAAUAUUUUCUAAUAUAACAAAUUGAAAUCUGUUUAAAAUAUUUACAGGUAUUUUUUGACUUGAUGCGUGAGAUUCGUGCUCGCAAGAAGGAAGAUGUCAAAGGAGCGAAUGGACGAGGUAAAGAGAAAGGCAGACGAAAGAAGUUGAAAUGUAAUUUAUUGUGAAAAUUUGGGACCAUCAACAUAAAAGAAAUUUAAUUCUUUAUUAUUUAUUACUUUUUUUUAAAAUACGCUAUCAAUAUUUUCAAUUUCCAUUUUAAGUGAUGUAAUGAUUCAUCAUCAUAAUAUCUCCUAAAAAUAUAUUAUAUUGUGGAUUUUAUAUUAACAGAAAUAUGCAUUUUUCCUUUUCUUUUCUCUAAACAUUUAGCUUUUAUAUAUUUAAUUUAUAAUACAUAUGUAUUAACUUAUAUUAAAUUAAAUGUGUUCCAUGUGAUGUUUAGAAAAAAUAUUUGUACGGGUUUCAAUAAUUAAACAAAUGUUCAUCUAUUUGAAGACAUAAUAAUAUAACAUCACAUAAAGUGUAUUAAAUUAUAUUAGAUAUAUUAAUAUUGCUUAAUACUCAAAUUAUCAAAAUCCAAUAAUAUUAUAUAUAUAUAUUAUUUAUUUUAUGUAUUAUUUUUAUACAAUUUUAUUAUAUCAAUUUUAAAGUAUCAAUUACUAGUUUUUUUUUUUAUCUAUUUAUAUUGUAUUGGUGUGUAGUAUCACUAGGUACAUUAAUAUUUUAAAAAAAAUAUAUUUAAGAAUAUAUAUAAUAUAUAUACAGUGCUAUAUAGCACAAUCAGAAAAAUAACACUUACAUAUUAGGUACUUGGAUAUUUUGAUAUUCACACUUAUGACCACAGCCUGUCGGACAAUAUUUAUUUUCCAUAAACCAUUGCUUCAUAUGAUUAAUGUGGCCACCGUGGGCACAACCUCGACACCAAGCGAACAUUCCUUUUACGAUCCUUUGACACAAAGCACACCGUGCACAUUCAGAUUGGCGACAACUGUAACAGUGUCGACUGUUUCGAUUCAAUCCUUUGAAACACAAUCCACAACUCAAAUACACAGAAGUGGAAGUCCGAUGCAACUGUAGUAUGCUAUUGAGACGUGAGCAUUGGAUGACCUAAAUUGUUUAUUUAUUAUUUUAAAGUAACUCGUAGAUUUUAGAUUAUAUAUUCAUCUUUUAAACUAAAUUACUGUUGUAGAGCAGGUCCACAAUUUGAAUUUAUUCAGUAACUCUAUAUAACUAGCCCACCAUAUUUCUAUUUCACGGAGUGUAAGGUGCCAAGGACGGUUGGGAUUGGUGAAUUCACUUCUGGUUUCAUCAUUUAGAAUGCAUAAUACACUGACUACUGUUUGGAUGUCACCCAUGUCAGCAUGAUGGCGAAGGGCAUUAACCACAAUUUCAGAUGGAUUCCAACCAUCAAAUUUUGCUGGUGACGUUAUUUGUAGUAUUGGUGCAGAGGUCAGACAAUUAUCUA